AUGUCUAAAGCACAAUCAGAAUUCGGUUCAUAUAUUCAAAAAUAUAGUUCAUAUGCCAAAAGUGAUAACAAUAACUACGAAAGUGGAAAACAACGAUCACCUAGGAGUAGAUGCACAACUCCUGAACCAAUUUUUGAUAAUAAAAGACAAAUAGAACGUAAACAAUCUAAUCAUCAAUUAUGCUCCUCAAAGUAUUUACACCCUGAUCAACCAUCACCACAUUCAUCCAGAAAUAUACGUACGAGUCCCGAACCAAGUAGCAAAAAUGAGGUUCGUUGUUGUAAAUGUGGUCAGACUGGACAUUUUACAAGUGAAUGUCCGCAACACAAUGAUCAAUCACAACCUAAUAGUCAAUUUCCACAAUUUCAACAUCAAUCCCAACAACCACCCUUUGAUCAACGACAGGUGCUAAACUUUUCAAAAAGUAUGAACAAAAAUUAUCCAGAUAGUUAUCAUGAUCAUUCUUAUUCAUCCUGGAAUAAGAGUAAGACUUUGGAUUCGAACAUUAAUAAUGAUAUUUUAAAUAAUAAAUUCAUUAAUAGAUCACCUCAGGAAUAUCAACAAUCAUAUUCCGUAUGCUCACAGUAUGAUAAACUGGAGCAAAACUAUUCAAGAAGCACACCAAGAAAUCAUCAGAAUCAAUCUCAUUCACUUAAAAAUAAGCGUGCAAAAUCAGAACAAAAUAUUAAUCAAUCAUAUCAGAAAUCUCAACUUAAUCAUCAACUUCAGCAAUCCCAACAACCAUUUUUUAUUAAAUCAAAAAAUAAGCAUACAACACCUGAACCAAGUACUAAAAAUAAUAAUCAAAAUCAUAAACGUGAACAGAAUGAACACUUUAAAAAAGAUAAUCAACAAUUUAGGGAUCAAUCCCAUCAGAAACCUAAACAAUCUCAACAAUCUCAACAAAAUGGACCUAGUCCAACCGUUAUUGUUAAUUUUGUACCAUCUCAGAAAGCACCUAAGCAGGAGCCAGCUCUGUGUGUUCGUUUAGUAAAAAAGAAAAGUGAUUUAACCAAUGGAAGGGGAUUUUCAUGA